GAGACUGCGAAGGGGGAGAGGAAACUGUGAGCUGUUCACAGCAUCUCUGAGCACCAGCAGCGCAGGGCUGAUCUCUGUUUCUAGGUUCACUUCUGCUUUGCCGUACGAUUUGGAAUAGGUCUGUCGUACUGUUUUCACCUUUUUACUUGCCUCACUUUUGAAUUCCUAAUUUCAAAUUGCAUUUUGGACUCUUCACACUUGGUGGGAACUGUUGUCAACCUGUUUUGCCUCACAGGUCUCAGAGAGCUGACAAGGACAGAAGUGGAACAGAGAUCUACAAAUUUUGUGAAUGGAUUGAGUUUUUCAGAAUAGACUUCUUUAUGAAAUGUGUCACAAGGAAGUUAAUGAAGAGACCUUGAGUUCUACCUUGCUGGGAAUGUAAAGCUAAUCGGAUGCAGAGGUUGGCAUGCCGUGAGAUGUGCAAAGCUUCGGACUAAACAGUGGACUGAAGCUGAGAACAUGUGGAUUGCAGACGGGAUGCCCAGAUGCUAUCUUCAUCUUUACUAGGAAGGCACCUUCAUGUAACCAGCUAUAUACUCUUUCGGGAAAUACAGGUCUCCUUUUUUGCGUGACCUGCUUUUAUCCAAUAUGCAUGGUGAAAGUUCAUGAAAUGUGAAUGGAUUGGGAGCAAAAAAGACCAAAGCGGUUGCUGUGGCCCCCCAGAACACGUUCUUGAAAUUUUGAUUAGUUCCGUUUUGCCUCACUCAGACUCCUGCAGGCUAUGAGUACUGCUUUGUGCAGCAAUAGCUCUGGCAACUCUCAUAUGCUGUCCUGUGUUUGUCUAGAGUGUUUGUGUUUUGAUUCUGAUUAUAGAAACCCAAAAGGGGUUAAGACUGAGGCCAAGAGGUCUUUAUUCUUGAAGCCAAACAUCGAGCAUGUAAUUUUCUUGUUGACAAAUUAAUAUCAAUUAAUUUUUUAAAGACUUUUGGACUGCUUGAAAUAAAAUUUUAAUGAGUCUCAGGAGUAUGAAUGAAUCAAGUACGGAUCAAUUUUAACAUUAUUUAGCAACUUAUAUUAUGAUUAGUCUAUCUUAUAUUGUUCUCAAUGUUUAAAGAAAACUAUUUGAUAUUUGUUUCUUUUUUACCACAACUCCUCCGGUUCUGUGCGUUUCACCUCUGAGAGGACACUUUAAGGAAUUAGUCGACUUCACUGCAGAUGCUGUGGACAAUAUUGACAACCCGCAUUCAGCACCGAUAUGCAACCUCUUUGUGAUUACUGCUGCUUCCAGAAGCCUUAGUUUUGUAUGUGGAGGAAAUAUCUCUGUCUGACAAUUACAGAGGUGCUCCUAAGCAUGACUGAUUUCAGAGGAGCAGUGGGCACCUUUUUUUCUUCUCCUUAUGGACUGUAUUGAUUUUUGCCAAUGCUCAUUUCAUUGAGAUCCAGCCAUGUGAAAGACCGAGGCAAAGGGGAAAAGACAGAAGAUUGAGUUCUGCUGGAAGAGAUUACUAAGAAGGCACUGACACACAGAUCACUUUCCAGGCCAUCUGCACUCUGUUUACGACAACGGAACCUUAUCCAAGUGGACAAGGCCUGAGACAAUGAACCAGUCAGGGUUGAUCGAACCAGUCCCCACUGCAAACGGGAGCCUCAGUAGUCACUUCAGCGUGUCCUUAAACCACUCCUGCCCUCUAGGCUGGGGACAGAACAAAGUCUUGGAGGCUUGCGUCUUAGAAACUGCGGUCAUCGUGUUGCUGACAGUACUCAUCAUUGCUGGGAAUUUGACAGUGAUCUUUGUGUUUCACUGUGCCCCGUUGUUACACCACUACACCACCAGCUACUUCAUCCAGACUAUGGCCUACGCAGAUCUGUUGGUGGGACUAAGUUGCCUUGUUCCCACUCUUUCACUGCUCCAUUACCCAGCUGGUGUCCAAGAACCGAUCACUUGUCAGGUGUUCAGCUACAUCAUCUCCGUUCUCAAGAGCGUUUCAAUGGCAUGUUUGGCCUGCAUUAGUGUGGACCGAUAUUUGGCUAUUACAAAGCCCCUUUCCUACAACCAACUGGUAACACCCUGUCGCCUUCGCUGCUGCAUCAUUCUCAUAUGGAUCUACUCUUGCGUGGUGUUUCUUCCCUCUUUCUUUGGCUGGGGUAAGCCAGGGUAUCAUGGGGAUAUCUUUGAGUGGUGUGCCCACUCUUGGCCAACGUCUGCACUGUUCACUGGUUUUGUUGUAUGCCUGCUCUACGCUCCUGCUGCCCUGGUGGUAUGUUUCACCUACUUCCACAUCUUUCGCAUCUGCCAGCAGCACAAUCGAGAUAUCAGUGAGCGGAGGGCACGCUUUCCCAGCCAAGAGAUGGAAACUACAGAAGGGGGCAACCCUGCAGGCCAUGGGCCAGACCGACGAUACGCAAUGGUGCUCUUUCGCAUCACUAGUGUCUUCUAUAUGCUGUGGCUCCCCUACAUUUUCUAUUUCCUUCUGGAGAGCUCCCAUGUGCUGGAUAGCCCUGCCCUCUCUUUUGUGACCACCUGGUUAGCAAUUAGCAACAGCUUCUGCAACUGCGUCAUUUAUAGCCUCUCCAACAGCGUAUUCCGGCUGGGGAUGCGAAGACUUUCACAGACGCUCUGCUCCUCCUGCUCUUUCAGCCCCUGCACUCAUGAUGACAAGGACUUUGGAGAGCCAAAGCCGAGAAAGAGAGCCAACUCCUGCUCCAUCUGAAGAUCUACAGAGGCUUGCAUGGAUGAGUCUUAAACUGCUAAAUGUUGCUGGAAGGGAUUUGGCUCAGAUUUUCAAGUAAUUGUAAUGUGAACAGCAACAGAGAUUACCACCCACAAUCAAGGAUCAUGAAGUUGUCUAGUAGUCAUGUGAUCUACAUUCCUUGUACAUAUUAAGAUUACACCUGCCGUGGUCCUGUAAAUACCACUCAAUGGUAACAGUCUGUCUGACAAUCUAAAGAUAUGCAGCUUUCGGAGAGUUCUUGAGCAAAAAAAAUGUACAAGACAAAGCCAGGGGGUGGGUUCAAAGCUCUUACUCGUAAUGGCUCUUUCCAAAUAUAGAGCACAGUUGGCUAUUUUUAGGCACAUUAACCAUGUCACUGGAUUGGUUGUUUUGUGUUUGUUGAAUUGGUUUUGUGUCGCAACUGUAUCUACUGUAUAAAAGCAGUUGCUUUACAAAAGGAAAAGAGCUUAAAGACCUUGUUAACUUGUUGAAUUUAGCAAAGGUCAUCUUCUAGUGGUUUUAUGGAUCAGUGUGUCUUGAAUCUAUAACACACAGGCAAAUCACGUCAAAAAGCGAUGUAGCAAACGAAAAACAGGUUGGUCUGUCUUUAUUUUUUCAGAACCUUCAUUCUAGAUCUAAUCUUUUUGUAGGAAAUUUUGAAAUUCCACAUGCGCACAAUAUCAACAAAUGCCUGUAAUAGUUGUGGACUAGUUUAGAUCCUCAGUGGUGUACAGCCUUAGCUGUUUGUGGUUAGACCUAUUUGCCUGCAGUGACCCUUUGAGAAACAUGCAAAUACAGCAUGUUUUAUUUAUUUUUGCAAGAUGAGCUUUAACUUAACUUGUCAUUCGCAUUGCGCUUUUUAUUUUGUCUGUUUGUUUACUUUGUUUGAAGUCUACAAUUGAAAUUUUC